CGGGAGACAUCGCCGGUCCCACGCAAAAGGUCGGCGUGGCCGCGUAGCCGCUCUCACUUCCCACUGUGUUCUCACCAGCUGUCACGCUUCUCUCCGACGAAGAAAAAAAACGCUCUUCGCGUCCGACGACGCCCUCUCGGUAAGCUCGACGCGAACUUGAUUCCGCGUUCGCGCUGGCGCUGGUUCGCGCGGGAAAUUGAGUGGUUUGCGAGGUUAUCACGUUGUACGCGGACCGAUCUCCAGCGAGGAACGUCCAGGAAGAAUCAGAAGCAAGAUUGCCGUAAUUCCCGUCAUCAACGAUGUCGAGUCCUAUGAGACCGCCGAGGACUCCUGUCCCGCAGGAGGACAAUCGUUCGCCGAAUGACACGCCGAACGUUACGCCGAAUCGCACGCCGAACGGUACGCCGAACGUUACGCCGAGGAGACAACCGCGGACCCCGACCUCCGUCAGGACUCCCUCGCUCGCCGGAACGCCCAGAAUCGCCGGCAGACAAGCCGCAGGUACACCUCAGAGAAGACCGGGCAACAAUCCGGUGGACACCCCGUUACGAUGGGGCAACCGUCUGACGCAGGAGACCAUCGCGCCGUCGUCGGAGGGCUUGUCCUCCAUGCCGCUGUCCUCGCCGAAUCGACAGGCGCAGACGAGCCCGCUCGCCGCGGGCAUGAGCGAGAUAGAGCUGUCCUCCCCGCUGAAUUACGGCACCCCCAGCUCCCUGGCGUCGGUUCGCACUCCCCGCAGCGGUGUCAGAGGCACGCCCCUUCAGCAGAGACCGGACGUUCAGUCGGACAGACGUGUGCGACAAGUUAAUCUGGCCGAAAUACCAGAGAAUGAUGAGGAGAGAGAGAGAACGUCCGAGGGUGAGAACGGCCCGCAGUUCACAAUCUGGGGCACGAAUGUCGUGGUGAGCCACAUCAAGCAGCAAUUCAGACGAUUUAUCACAUACUUCAUCGAUCCGGAGGCGGAGAACGAUGAAUUGCCUGAAAACAUGAAUCUGUCAGAGCCGCUCUACAUGCAGAAGCUCGAGGAGAUACAUAUACUGGAGGAGCCUUAUCUGAACGUGAACUGCGCGCAUCUCGAGGCGUUCGACGAGCAGCUUUACAAUCAGCUGGUACUGUACCCUCAGGAAAUCGUACCGUCGUUCGAUGUAACCGCCAACGAGCUGUUCUUCGAGAAAUUCCCCGGGGCGGCGUUGGAACACUCGAUCCAAGUGCGUCCCUACAACGUGACGAGGACCACGAGUAUGCGCCUCCUGAAUCCGGAGGACAUAGACCGACUGAUCACGAUCACCGGAAUGGUCAUCCGGUCGUCGAACAUCCUGCCGGAGAUGCGAGAGGCGUUCUUCAAGUGCAUCGCGUGCUCCUUCACGACGACCGUGGCCAUCGACAGGGGCCACAUAGCCGAGCCCACGGUGUGCACUCACUGCAACAACAAUUUCUGCUUCAAUCUGAUACACAACCGCAGCCUCUUCACCGACAAGCAGAUGAUCAAGCUGCAAGAGUCGCCGGACGAUAUGCCGGCCGGUCAGACCCCGCAUACAGUAGUGCUCUUUGCGCAUGACAAUCUGGUUGACGCUGUCUCACCGGGUGACAGGGUCUCCGUCACUGGUGUAUACCGCGCGUUGCCGAUACGCGUCAAUCCACGGCAGACCAAUGUACGAGCUAUCUACAGGACGCACGUUGACGUCGUCCACUUUAGAAAACAGGAUUCAAAGCGAUUGUACGAGCAAGAGGACGGCAAGAGUCAUGCGUUCCCACCCGAGAGAGUGGAGCUGUUGAAACUGCUAUCGCAAAAGGAGGACAUAUAUGAACGACUGGCGCGGCACAUUGCUCCCAGCAUCUACGAGAACGAGGACGUCAAGAAGGGUAUACUGCUACAAUUGUUCGGCGGCACGAAGAAGGAACAGAACGAACGAACCAAGAAAUAUUUCCGGUCCGAAAUCAAUAUACUUUUAUGCGGAGACCCGGGCACGAGUAAAUCGCAACUGCUGCAAUUCGUCUUCAAUUUGGUGCCGCGCUCGCAGUACAGCAGCGGAAAGGGUUCCAGCGCCGUGGGCUUAACCGCCUUCGUGACGAAAGACCCCGAGAGCCGUCAAUUAGUGUUGCAAACUGGCGCACUGGUGCUCGCGGAUAACGGCAUCUGUUGCAUCGACGAGUUCGAUAAAAUGAACGACAGCACGCGCUCGGUGCUGCACGAGGUAAUGGAGCAGCAAACACUGAGUAUCGCGAAAGCGGGUAUCAUUUGUCAGCUGAACGCGAGAACGAGCAUUCUGGCGGCGGCCAAUCCUUGCGAGUCGCAAUGGAAUAAGAAUAAGACAGUAGUAGAGAACGUCAUGUUGCCGCACACAUUGAUGUCGCGUUUCGACUUGAUUUUCCUCAUGCUGGAUCCCCAGGACGAGGUGUUUGACAAGAAACUUGCCAGGCACUUGGUGUCGCUGUAUUAUAAAUCCGAUUUGGAGGAGGAGGACGACAUUGUGGACAUGAGCAUCCUGCGUGAUUAUAUAGCCUACGCUAAGGAACACGUUCAUCCUACUCUCAACGAGGAGAGUCAGCAGAGGCUGAUCCAGGCUUAUGUCGACAUGCGUAGAGUAGGGAGCGGCCACGGGCAAAUCACGGCUUACCCGAGGCAAUUGGAAUCGCUGAUAAGACUCGCCGAGGCACACGCUAAAAUGCGAUUCAGCGCCGUCGUGGAGAUCACGGAUGUCGAAGAAGCUUGGAGAUUACAUCGUGAGGCAUUGAAACAGUCCGCCAUCGAUCCGCUGAGUGGCAAAAUCGAUAUUAGUAUCUUGACGACCGGUAUGUCGUUGGCAGCGAGAAAACGUAGGCAGGAGCUGGUCGAGGCGUUAAAGAAGCUCAUCAAGGGCAAGGAUAAGGCACCGACAUUGAACUACCAGAAGAUUUUCACGGAACUGAAAGAAUCGUCCAGCACGUUGGUGACGCGCGAGAUGUUUGAAGAUGCUCUGAAAGAGCUGCAGGAUGAUGGUGUUGUGAUUGUAACCGGCAAAAAUACCAUUCGUGUUUGCUAGAAAUAUCUCCGUUUGCGUUCUUUAAAAAAGUAAUACAGGUACUAUUCAAAUAUAACUGAUAAUGUAUCGGUAUUGUAAAUCUUAUGGGAAAUCAUAUAUUAGGAUACUUUGUCAUAUCAA